AUGAGUGACCUCACCACUUUACCAGACUUUGACUCACUUCCAGGUCCUUCAUCAGGUGGACUUGACGGAUGUGCCUGGGGACUAUUUGAUCGUAAUGGGCAGACGGAUCAGCUCGGAACCUUGAAUCUGCUGACACAAGAGAAGGUUUUGGACGCAGCAAAGCGUGAGAUUCUAUGUGGCCAGACAGUAUCUCUCAAUUGGGGCUUGGAAAACCCGCAAUAUUCUGGUUUCAAGCGAAUGAGGUUACACCAUCGUAUUAUAGAUCUCAGCCCAUCAGAGGUUUAUGCCAGUGACGACGAACUCAGCUUCUGUCCCCAGCAUGGAUCGCAUUGGGACACUCCUCUACAUUUUGCACAUCAGAAAAGCAAGAAAUACUACAAUGGUCUCAGCCAUCAGGAAUUCCACCUCCAGAACGCACUUCACCAGGGCACCAGACUGUGGAACGAUCGAGGUGGUAUCUGCGGGAGGGGAAUUCUGCUGGACUGGGCGUCGUGGGCUAAAGAAAAGAAUCUUCCGUGCCAUCCCAUCGGACGGGACGAGAUCACGGUGUCCCAGCUUGAAGAGGUAGCCAAAUGGCAAAAGACAACAUUCAUGCCUGGAGACAUCCUUCUCAUUCGCACUGGCUUCAUCGCAUGGAGCACCACGGCGACUGACGAUGAGAAGAAGCGAGGAUCCCUCGAGGGGACCGAAUACUUGGGCAUCGAGGCCACCCGUGAGUCGUGCAGAUGGCAUUGGAAUCAUCAUUUUUCUGCCGUCGUCUCGGACAAUGUCACAUAUGAGGUAUGGCCUCCUAGAGACGUUGUGCUUCACGAGUACUUCCUGGCCAUGUGGGGAAUGCCUGUAGGAAAGCUGUGGGAUAUGGAGAAGUUGGCAGAAGUCUGCAGAAGCCUACAACGAUGGUCAUUCUUUCUAACGAGUGCCCCUCUGAAUGUGGCCUCGGGCAUAGGAUCACCAGCCAACGCCAUUGCUCUGUUUUGAUCAGUGAAUGGCUGUUAAGGUUGGCACUCCUCUCGCCGGCCGGAUGCUGUCUCGCAGCUUUGCAGAGCAUCAAUAGCUAGCUACAGCAAUUAACAAUCGUUC